CGCCGUCUCUUGACGUCACAGCUCUGGUGUCAGCGCUCGAGGCCCUGCAAUUGGGCUCCAACCAACACACCAAUUCGACCCCUCGAGCCCCUCCACCGCCCACUGCACUCCCGCUGUGCCGCCAUCCUCCCACGCCCUCCAUGCCGGCAUUUGUUUGGCCCGGCCGACGUUUCACAAGGGACACACCAACACGCUAAUUCUUUAUUUGAAGCUGAUUCUUUUUACCUAAAUUAUUCGCUUCUCUCCUUUCAUCUCGUCGAGAACCGGCCAUCGGAUCCUUCGAUAGUGGUGCUUACUGAGCUUCCUGCUCCGGGUUGUUGUGGGUUGCUGGACCGGAGAAAAACACCGAGAGAGGGAGAAAGAGAAAGAGAGCUCUUGUUCCUGUGUCAAUCCCGUUUCUCCCUCGACGUUGCGCUGCCAUCCCAAUACCUUGGUAUCCCGCGAGCCCACCAUGCCCGUCUUCGAUAGCCACGAGUACCUCACCGAGGAGGAGCGGAGACUUAAGGAGGACCGCGACCGUACCAAGUACUGGAAGAAAUGGGGUUCCUACGUCGCUGAGAGGCAGUGGGCGACGGUGCGCGAGGACUAUAGCGAGGACGGCGAUGCUUGGAGCCACUUCACUCAUGACGACGCACGCUCGCGCGCAUACAGAUGGGGUGAGGACGGCAUUGCUGGCGUUUGCGAUACCCAUGGCUACCAAAACAUCUCCUUCGCUUUCUGGAACGAGAAGGACCCCUUCCUCAAGGAACGGCUGUUCGGCUUGUCCAACCCCCAGGGCAACCACGGCGAGAGCAUCAAGGAGGCCCACUUUCACCUGGACAAUACACCUACCCACUCAUACAUGAAAUACCUGUACAAAUACCCGCAAAAGGCCUUCCCUUACGAGGACCUUCUGAAGGAGAAUGCGAAGCGAGGCAAGGAGGACAAGGAGUAUCAGAUCCUCGACACUGGUGUCUUUGACGAGGACCGCUAUUGGGACAUCUUCAUCGAGACUGCCAAGGAAGACGACAAUCCGGAGGAGCUCCUGUUCCGCGUCACUGCCUGGAACCGAGGCCCCGAUCGUGCCCCCCUUCAUAUUGUCCCCCAUGUGUGGUUCCGCAACACCUGGUCUUGGGGCCGUGAGGCUGCCGACAAGAGGCCAUCUAUGGGUGUCCAUGACGAGAACUUGAUCAAGUCGAAACACCACCAUCUUGGGGACCGUUAUGUGCUUCUGUCUCCUUCUCCCGGCGUCGGCUCUAGCGGAGAGGAUAUCCAGCCCAACAUGAUAUUCACCGAAAACGAAACCAACUACGAACUGCUCUACGAUGGCAAAAACGAGUCGAAAUACGUCAAGGAUGGCUUUCACCGUCAUAUUGUUGAUCGCGAGAAGGAUGUCAUAAACCCCGAUCAGGUUGGAACCAAAGCUGCUGCGUGGUUCACUUUCAAUGAAGACGGCGGUGUUAACCCCGGCGAGUGUGCUGUCGUUCGUUUCCGAUUUUCCAAGAAAGCCGAGACGUACCUCGACGAAGAGGAGUUUGACGACAUCAUCGAGAGGAAGCGAGAGGAAGCCGAUGACUUCUACUAUCACAUCAGCCCCUUGCCCAUGGCUGACGACCUCCGGAACAUUCAAAGACAGGCUUUCGCCGGCAUGAUGUGGUGCAAGCAGCACUAUCUCUUCAUCUGGGACGAGUGGGCGACCGGCGACCCGAGCCAACCACCGCCGCCACCGGGCCGAAAGGGGCUUCGGAACUCUGCGUGGAAACACUUGCAUUGUGAUGACAUCUUGUCAAUGCCGGACUCCUGGGAAUACCCUUUCUUUGCCGCCUGGGAUACUAGCUUCCACUGCAUUACCUUGGCCAUGAUGGACCCAGAGUUCGCCAAGAAACAACUCGAUCUCUUCACUCGCGAGUGGUACUGCCAUCCCAACGGCCAGCUUCCUGCAUAUGAGUGGAACUUUGGCGAUGUCAAUCCUCCCGUUCACGCCUGGGCGACCUUCCGUGUCUUCAAAAUUGAGCGCAAACUCUACGGAAGGCAAGAUCUCGACUUUCUUGAGAGGGUGUUUCAAAAACUACUGAUGAACUUCACAUGGUGGGUAAACCGGAAGGACGUCGAGGGCAAGAACGUGUUCGAGGGUGGGUUCCUCGGGCUGGACAAUAUUGGCUUGUUCAAUCGUUCGGAGCCAUUGCCGACCGGUGGCACACUAGAGCAGGCCGACAGUACGGGCUGGAUGGCCUUCUACUGCCUCAACAUGCUCAACAUUGCACUCGAACUCGCCAAGCACCGGCGAAUUUACGAAGACAUUGCCACCAAGUUUUUCGAGCACUUUAUCCUGAUUAGCGACGCCAUGACUUUCAGGAUGGGCCAGAAGGAAGAGCAGUCGCUUUGGAACGAGCAAGAUGGUUUCUACUACGAUGCCAUUUCAUGGGGCGGCCCCUGGAUCCAGCAGAUGCCCGUCAGGUCGCUGGUGGGCCUGAUUCCGCUCUAUGCCACUCUCACUCUGGAGCCCGAGUUGAUAAAUAAGCUCCCGACAUUUAAGAAGCGCGUCGAAUGGUUUAUGAACAACCGCUGCGACGUGGCGGAACGAACGAUGCAUAGCAUUCGUACCCGUGGCAAGGGCGACAGGAUUCUUCUGUCGCUCGUAAACAAGGAGCGGCUCACCAAGAUCCUUGAACGCAUGCUGGAUGAGGACGAGUUCUUCAGCCCUCACGGUAUCCGCUCCUUGUCCAAGUACCACAAAGAGCACCCGUAUUCCAUGGAAGUCAAUGGGCAGGUCUUCAAAGUAGGCUAUGUCCCCGGAGACUCGGACAGCGGCCUCUUCGGGGGCAACAGCAACUGGCGUGGGCCGAUUUGGCUGUGUGUCAACUUCCUUUUGGUGGAAUCGCUGCAGCGCUUCUACCUCUACUUCGGGCAAAACCUGCAGGUUGAGUGUCCCGUGGGCUCGGGCGACUACAUGCAUCUCGGGCAUGUCUCGGAGGAGAUCCAGCACCGGCUGCAACAUCUCUUUGCCCGCGACAACGACGGCCGUCGCAGCAUCAACGCCGGCAACGACACCCUCGACUUCGAUCCUAACUGGAAGGACUACCUCUGGUUCUACGAGUUCUUCGAUGGCGAUAGCGGCCGUGGCCUGGGCGCGACGCACCAGUGCGGCUGGACCGGCCUCGUUGCCCGCAUGAUCCAUGACACUGGCGUCAACUGCCGCCUCCCGCAGACCCCGCGCACCCCGCGCGCCGGGAUGUCCCACUACUUCGACGACGUCCUCCACCGCGGCGCCCACGGCAACGGCACCCACACCCCCAACGGCCUGCUCUCGCCCGCCGCCCCGCGCCUGCGCCGCAGCUCCACCAACCGCUCGCUCGCCGCCCGCAGCGACUACAGCGCCGCCUCGGAAGGGGGAUACGACGGCGCCGGCGACGAUGAUGAUGAGGACGGCCACGAGGACGGCGCCGACGGCGACGGCGCCCAGACCCCCGGCGCCCGCAGCGCCAGGCGCGGCUCCGUCAACCCGGCCCUGCUGGCCGAUCCGGCUAGGGUCAAGGCGCGUGCCGAGGCGGAUGCACAUCUGCAUUCGUACAUCAGCCAGCAGCUGGAGCGGGUUAAGUUGGAGAGGGGGGAUGGGUAUGGGGACUUGGAGGGGGAUGAGUUUGUGACCAAGGCUUCGUAGGUGUGUGUGAUCUGUUGGGUUGAGUUAGUUAUGGUGUUGGGGUGGGUUUAUUUGGGUUUGUCGAGAUGUAAUAGAGGUAGAGGUUGAAAUUGGAUAUACAAGGUUUUGGAUA